CAUUUUAAAAUCUUCAACCAAGAUGUCGGGCUCUGGCGUAGGUGUUGCGCUGGGAAACGCGCGCCAUUCAAUUCGAGAUAAUAAUGCUUAUGAUAAUUGUGGUUCUGACGAUCGAAUGGAUAUGGAAUUAGACUCUAGUCAUUCUGUGUCUGACCGGGGAGAUUUGGACUCUGGAAAUCGUGCCACCUCUUCAAACGGCAGCGGAGGAGAGGACGACGACGCUGAGGCCGUUGAUGGGGAAAGGGAAGCCGGGGGCUCGAGUACACCACGCUCCCGUGAUGGAUCAGUGUUGAGCGGCGGAAGGGAGCAAGAGGUUCGGGUAGAGAUUGGGGAGACAUACCUUUGUCAGCGCGCGGACAAAACAUGGCAUUCUGCGGAGGUCAUCCAGUCGAGGCUAAAUGAACAGGAGGGGAGAGAGGAGUUCUACGUUCACUAUGUGGGAUUUAACCGGAGACUUGACGAGUGGGUGGGCAAGUGUCGCCUGGCGCUGACAAAGACGGUGAAAGAUGCGGUGCGGAAGAGUGUGGAGGAGUGUGGAGAUCUGGGGGAUCAGCCCGAGAGGAAGAUCACACGUAACCAGAAACGCAAACAUGACGAGAUCAACCAUGUUCAGAAGACGUAUGCAGAGAUGGACCCCACCACGGCAGCGCUGGAGAAGGAACACGAGGCGAUCACCAAAGUAAAGUAUGUGGACAAGAUCCAGAUAGGAAACUUCGAGAUCGAUGCCUGGUACUUCUCGCCGUUUCCUGAGGACUAUGGGAAGCAGCCCAAACUGUGGAUCUGCGAGUACUGUCUGAAGUACAUGAAGUACGAGAAGACAUUUCGCUACCACCUGACAACGUGCCAGUGGCGCCAACCCCCAGGAAAGGAAAUCUAUCGCAGGAACAACAUCUCUGUGUACGAGGUGGAUGGGCGAGACCAUAAGAUCUACUGCCAGAAUUUGUGUCUACUAGCCAAACUCUUCUUGGACCAUAAAACGUUAUAUUUCGAUGUGGAGCCAUUCAUCUUCUACAUUCUGACAGAAGUCAACAGACACGGGGCACACAUAGUGGGAUACUUCUCCAAGGAGAAAGAGUCGCCAGAUGGUAAUAAUGUAGCGUGCAUCCUGACACUCCCUCCAUACCAGCGCAGGGGAUACGGCAAAUUCCUAAUAGCAUUCAGUUAUGAGUUGUCGAAGCUGGAGAACACGGUGGGUUCGCCAGAGAAGCCGUUGUCAGAUCUGGGAAAGCUGAGCUACCGCAGCUACUGGUCGUGGGUCCUGCUGGAGAUCCUACGGGACUUCAGGGGGACGCUCUCCAUCAAAGACCUGAGUCAGAUGACGAGCAUCACGCAGAGUGACAUCAUCAGCACACUACAGUCCCUGAACAUGGUGAAGUACUGGAAGGGCCAGCACGUCAUCUGUGUCACCCCCAAACUGGUGGAGGAGCACCUAAAAAGUGCUCAGUACAAGAAACCCCCUAUCACAGUGGACACAGUGUGUCUGAAAUGGGCCCCACCAAAACACAAGCAAGUGAAAUUCUCCAAGAAAUGAGACGAGACUGAUCCAGCAGGCCCCUGGCUGUCUCCUUGUUCUUGCCAUGCAUCAGAGGUCUCCCUCCUGUGGUCCACUGUUCAUAUUCUUAGUGAUAAGAGAAUAUAUUGUUGCACAUUGCGAUCUCUUUGGUAUAUUUUGUUUGUUUGUUUUGCGUUUUUUUAAGUAAAUGGUUCUAUUGUA